CUGAAGGAAUACUGGGAGUGAGUGAGCGAGCGCUCUUGCGGAGUUACAAACUGGAUGGAGCCGAUUGAAGUAGGCUAGAUACUUUAGUUAUAAUAAGUGGAUUUUGACAGCGAAUCUCUGGCUUCAGUCUGACAGCGUUUCCUACUGGAUCUAAUAGCGUGCCCACUGGAGAAAAUAAAUCUUUAUCUGCAAGGAACAUAGCUGGCAUGCGCUAAUAUGGAAACCAAACCAUUCUUGUCUCUAGGGCUCCUGAAAAACCCCUGCUCAGUAGCACCGCCGUGUUUGCGGAGCCGGCCGGGCGAUGCUGGCAGUUCGUCCAAUGGCUGCUCAGGCUUCACGGGUACAUACCCGCUACAACAGCGCAGGAUAUCCACAGACUCCUCUGGUCAGCUCUCGUCAUCUCCUCUGAGCUCCUCCUCGGGUCACCGAGGCAUCAGUAACCAUCCUCUCCACCCGCCCCUGCUCGGCCCUUCUGCCAUGAACUCCAGCCAGGGUCAGCUGCACUCGCCCAUCAGCACCCUCAGCUCGCCCAUCAAUGGCCUGCCCUCGCCGUUCCCCAUCAUCAACUCACCCAUGGGCCACCCCUCCACUAGCAUGACCUUCAGACCCAGCCUGAGCCCACAGCUCAGUUCACCCAUGAAUGCAGUCAGUAGUUCGGAGGACAUUAAACCCCCUCUGGGUCUGAAUGGGGUGAUGAAGGUCCCAGCGCAGCCUACAGGCACAUCCCUCUCCCUCACUAAACACAUCUGUGCCAUUUGCGGAGACCGUUCAUCAGGUAAACACUACGGGGUGUACAGCUGCGAGGGCUGUAAGGGCUUCUUCAAGAGAACGGUGAGAAAGGAUUUGACGUACACUUGCCGAGACAACAAGGACUGUAUAAUUGACAAACGCCAACGCAACCGCUGCCAGUACUGCCGUUACCAGAAGUGCUUAGCCAUGGGAAUGAAGAGAGAAGCUGUUCAGGACGAGCGACAGCGGGCGAAGGAGCGGAGCGAGGCUGAGUUCGGCAGCUGUGCCAAUGAGGACAUGCCCGUGGAGAAGAUUCUGGAUGCCGAACUGGCAGUGGAACCAAAGACGGAGACCUACGUGGAGGCCAACCUGAGUGCGCCUGCCAAUUCUCCUAACGACCCUGUAACAAACAUCUGCCAAGCAGCUGACAAGCAACUCUUUACCUUAGUGGAGUGGGCCAAGCGGAUACCUCACUUUUCUGAUCUCCCGCUGGACGAUCAGGUCAUCCUCCUGAGAGCAGGGUGGAAUGAACUCCUGAUCGCCUCUUUUUCACAUCGGUCUAUAGCUGUGAAGGAUGGGAUAUUAUUAGCCACCGGCCUUCACGUCCAUAGAGACAGUGCACACACGGCCGGUGUGGGAGCCAUCUUUGACAGAGUGCUGACGGAGCUUGUGUCAAAGAUGAGAGACAUGCAAAUGGACAAGACUGAACUUGGAUGCCUGCGGGCCAUUGUUCUUUUCAAUCCAGAUUCAAAAGGACUGAGUAAUCCAUCAGAGGUGGAGGCAUUAAGGGAAAGAGUGUAUGCAUCUCUAGAGGCCUACUGUAAACACAAAUAUCCUGAUCAGCCUGGAAGAUUCGCCAAGCUGUUACUGCGUCUGCCUGCCCUGCGCUCCAUCGGCCUGAAGUGUCUUGAACAUCUCUUCUUUUUUAAGUUGAUCGGAGACACACCCAUCGACACUUUCCUAAUGGAAAUGCUGGAAGCGCCACACCAAAUGACAUAAGGGAACGAUCUGUUCUGCCAGAGGGUGCAGCUCAUGUACACAACGCUACAGGAGGCCACAGGACACAUCUCUGAUCUCACAGGAGAAGACUCAACUCAUUGGCUUUUCAUCAGGAACAUUGCGCAAUACACAAAAUACUGUGUAACUGUUCAUUACGGAAUAGCACGCAGGAUGGAUUGUGUGAGUUUUUUCCUGGUUUGCAUGCAGUUCUGGAGUUUAUGGUUUCUCAUUUCUUCUGCCUUACAGAGGUCUACCUCUGCUUUUGUACACAGCCAAACCGCCUCAUCCCUGAACUCACAAUCAUUGAGCUGUGAAUUUUCAUGAGAGGAAACAAAAUACCUCGGAUGCACUUCUUCAUGCAGCUGUCUUUAGAAAACACAUUACUGUAUCUGCUAUUGGAACAGUGAACAGGACCACAGUAACUCCCCCAGGCACUUAGAAAUUCUUUCAGUGGUAUUGCCAUACAUCAGGAUUCUUAAAGUCCAUCUUCAUGAGGAAGAAACUGCACGCAGUUUGGUUUCAAGUCCUUUUCUUUUUACAAGAUAUAUGGGCCUAUGAAUAACAGAAUGGUCUAAAAAGAAUGAAAAGUACUCCUGGCUGAACUCGCACUGGAUGAAAAAAUACAACGAUUCAUUGUUAGAAUUGUGUACAAAAAAUUAUGGAAGAUUUUUCAUGGCUCAGUAAUUCAGCAUAAAUUUGUAUUAAGUAUUUCCAAAGAUUUUCAAUAAUCUUAUAUAUAUAUAUAUAUCAUCUGAUGAUUCCCAGCAAGUGGGUUUUUGUGAUUUGAAAAUAAGCAAGGAGUUAAAGGAAUCCAGAUGAUGGUCUGGCCUCAGGGAAUUGCGAGGUUUGGGAAGUGCCAUGCCUGUCCCCUAUUGGAAAAGUUGUGACAUUGCAGCUGUGCUUAUUUGCUAUUACAUGAGGUUUAACAGUUGGUUCUCUUUCUAACUUUCCAUGUUAUCAGAGAACCGGGGGUUACGUCAGUAACCUAACGAUUUUUACAGACUGCUUGGCAAACACUGCAAAAUAAUACUUUCUAAGCCUCAGGUUGAUUCAAAUGCAAUUUUUGGGUUCUGUUGUGCAGUCUUAUCUGUGUCGUAAGGAAGAAACUGUAAUGAUGAUAGAUUUCGUAACAUUUGUAUUGAUGCAUCAAACCUCAGUUGCAGAUUGAGCCAAUCUGAACCAGUGUUUUCAUGAUGACAGUGAAUUUUAAUAACUAUUAUUGGAAUUCGGAAGGGUAUUUGAGCCGCUCAGCAGUUGUCAUUAGCAGACCUACUGAUUUAGAUGACAUUUUCUGCUGAUGAUAACGCCAGGCCUCACAGAAACAUGAGUAUUCAGUCGAAGAUACACAUAAACAGCAUAUACUGUCUAUGUGAUUGAUAUACACAACCUGAAGUUCUAGAGGUCAUGUUUUCAAGCUUCGACCAGGUUGAAAUUUGAAUCUGUAUCAUGGAAGAUCAGUGGACUUUUGUUUGUUCUGUCAUUGUACAUCUUUGGCCUUUUAUUACUCCAAAACCAGCAUAUUUAGAAUCUGCAUACAAGAACUAAAGACCCCUUUGCUGAGGUAUAGAGAAAACGCAGACAUUGUAAGCACUCUUGGAUUCGCACUGUGUCAAACAGGGUUUGUUAAACCAUCAGGAGCCGGGCACAUUUAAUCUAAUAUCAGCUAAAAUCCUGAUGUGCCGCUAUCAGACAUCUGUAAUAUUUCCCUGUGAGACACCAAUCCAUCACAGGACAUGUCAGCAAAACACAAAAGAGAUGCAUUUUAAGA